AUGGCGGACAACACAAGUGACAACGUGGGUGCGAUAGGCGACGGGGACGACGGCGGGGUUAAACCAGUUGUAGACCAUCAAGGUUUGUUCGAGAAGUAUGCUGCGGAAGCAGCCUUACAUCCUAAAUAUGCUGAUGAAGAAAGAAACGAGCGUAAACAAGAGGAAAAGGAAUUUUUUAGGAAUAAUUGGGAAGAGGAGAUGAAGAAGAUACCAAUAUUUAGUUCUGAAAUGCCAGAUGAGCCCAGUUCUGAAGAUGCUGAUUUAUACGCUGCAUUCCAGGCUAUCAAGUACGCUGAAGAUGACCCCCCUGAAGAGCUGGCAGGAAGUCACAAAGAUGAUGGUAACCAGUGGUUCAAGAAGAAGAAAUACAAGCUGGCCAUCAAAGCAUACGACGAAGGACUGAAGCUCAAGUUUGAUGAUGGGAAUCUGCGAGCAGUGCUGUACACCAACAGAGCAGCGGCUAACUUCCAUCUUGGCAACCAUCGUUCUUGCCUGAAUGAUGCCACCAAAGCGAUAGAGCACAACCCAAAUCAUAUGAAGGCGUUAGUCCGAGGUGCAGAAUGCUGUAUGAAGCUUGAGAGAUACAAAGAUUCAACUACAUGGUGCGAUAAAGCGCUUCAGAUCUCAGCAGAUGAUAAAAGAGUGCUAGAGAUGAGGUCUACUGCUGUAAAACACUUGAAAGUUAUGGAAAGAGACCAGAGAAAACGUAAAGCUGAAGAAAAGUCUGCAAAAGCAAAGAGCAUGAAGAUAGUUGAAGCCAUUCAAAGUCGCAAUAUUGAAUUUGCCCAAACUCCAAGUGAAUCCAAGGAGGAGAACACGAGGUCCCCGAAGAUCAAAACGCAAGAGCAACUCAUCGUUGAUGUCGUCACGGCAACGCAUCCAACAGGAGCGAAGAUUCAUCUUGAUGAGUCGGGGCGUCUGUCGUGGCCCGUGACCUUCCUUUAUCCUGAACACGGCCAGAGUGAUUUCAUCGCAGCUUUUCAUGAAGACUCCAGUUUUUCUGGUCAUUUGAAACUGAUGUUCGAUGAGGGUGUACCCUGGGAUACUAUGAAGGUCUACAAGACGCCGAAUCUUCAGGUGUAUUUCCAUUAUUCUGAGGGCAAAGCACUCGUUCAAAUCAACCCCGAGUCAUCACUUAAUGAGAUCAUACGAGAUCCUAGAUAUUUAGUGGCUCACCAUCCUCUGUUCGUCGUCUUGUCAAGAGCAUCUCCAUUUACAAGCGACUACUUAAAGAAAUAUUCCAGUCUGCUUUAGCAAUCCUACGGUGUUUUCAAUGAACAAUCAACUAUUUGUCCUGCACUAUGUUAUGCAGCUGCACUUAACGUUUGUGUUAGUUCUAUGCAGCAGUUGUGUCUUCAUUUGCAGCCCUCUCAUGGCGAAACAGCCCAACUUAUAAAAUGAAAUUUUGGAAAAAACAAGUAAAGAGAUGAGCAGUUGUGCUUGUGAACAGUACAAAAGUUUCACAAGGAUAGAGAAAGGACGUGUUAUAUUCCAUAAACGACCGAUGGUAACCUAAAGCAAAACCAUGACACUAAACGGGACACUGACAGAGUACCAGCGAACUGAUAAACAACAAACAGUGUGAUCUCGCAUUUAUAAACAACGAACGUCGGGAAUGCCAUGUGUGUGAUCCUGUGAAUGUCGGUCAUGAAAUUAGGACAGACAACUGGCGCCCACAACAAGGGACGUUGGUCUUCGGCUCUCAAAAGGGCUCAAGUCUCUACCUUAUGGUCAAAGAUAAAUACAUAGUACACAAGUUAACAGCAAAUAAUAUAGAAAUUAAUUAUGAACAAGACAUAUUUUGCUUAUUAUAUGCAUAAAUAAAGCCAAGAACUAAACAU